UCUUUAUCCAAUGGAAGAUGCUGAUAACCUUCCACCAUCAAAGAAAAGGGUCGCCGGAAGGGAGUUCAUCCGAGAUACUCCUUUUGAUGAUGAGGAGGAGGAUUCCCCUGAGGUUGAGGGUGGAACAUUCAAAAGAACCAGUGAUGAGGUUCUAGCAACAAGAAGAAUUGUUAAAGUUGGUCGCCGACAGACUAAUUCUGCUCCUUCUUCAAAUCCUUUCGCAGGAAUACACUUGGUCACCCCUACUGAGGCUACAGCAGAAAAGCAAUCAGCUGAUGAGUACACUGCUACUGAUGAUUCAAAAGACCCCGAGGAAGAAAAAAAUCAGUGAAAGGGUGAAACUUGUGAGCCGGAGGAUAAAUCUUCUGUAGGGGAAAGUAAUGCUGAGAAGAAUAACGAUGGCAAACUAGAUGCAAAGAAUGAAACUAAGAAUGACAAUAAAAGUGAAA